AUGGCGUGCAUUUCUUACAGUUCUGCAGUUACCAACAAUACCAGUAUUAAAUUUCAUAACAGCCGUUAUCAUUUCAAUUUUGUGGCAAAGAUUUUCAAUCCCAGUAGUUACCAAAGUUGUUUUAACGUCGAGCCCAUCAAUUUUGAUGCUGCCAAAAGUAGUAUUGAUGUUAAAUACUUUCAAGUUCGCCGGUGUUCUCGCCGUGGUCUUGCCGGAGGAGGUCGUAAUCAAUCCCUGACCACCGUCUUUAACAGCCUUUCAUCUAAUAAUGGGAUCCCUGCUUCUGAAGAAAGAGUGGCUGUGUUGGUUAUUGGUGGAGGAGGAAGGGAGCAUGCCAUUUGUUACGCCUUACACCGAUCUCCCUCUUGUGAUGCUGUGUUUUGUGCCCCUGGAAAUUCUGGAAUUUCCAACUCGGGGGAUGCAACUUGUAUCUCAGAGCUCGAUAUCUCUGAUAGCUCUGCAGUGAUUGCCUUUUGCCGUGAGUGGGGAGUUGGACUGGUUGUUGUGGGACCAGAGGCUCCUCUCGUUGCAGGUCUUGCUAAUGACCUUGUCAAGGCUGGGAUUCCUACUUUUGGCCCUUCUUCCGAGGCCGCUGCUUUAGAAGGUUCAAAAGACUUCAUGAAGAGGUUGUGUGACAAAUAUGGAAUUCCGACAGCUAAGUAUCAAUCAUUCACUGAUCCAUCUGCUGCAAAAGCGUAUAUAAAAGGGCAAGGUGCUCCCAUUGUUGUUAAAGCAGACGGAUUGGCUGCCGGUAAAGGAGUUGUUGUGGCCAUGACACUGGAGGAAGCAUACGAAGCUGUCGACUCGAUGCUUGUGAGAAGUAUUUUUGGCUCUGCGGGUGGUCGUGUCGUCAUUGAGGAAUAUCUUGAAGGAGAAGAAGCUUCAUUCUUUGCUAUAGUUGAUGGAGAGAAUGCAAUAGCUCUGGAGUCAGCUCAGGACCAUAAACGAGUUGGAGACGGCGAUACAGGACCCAAUACUGGUGGAAUGGGAGCAUACUCUCCGGCACCCGUCUUGACGAAAGAACUUCAAUCCGUGAUCAUGGAAUCUAUAAUUUUCCCUACAGUGAAGGGAAUGGCUGAACAAGGUUGCAAGUUUGUUGGGGUUCUCUAUGCUGGGCUCAUGAUUGAGAAGAAGUCUGGGUUGCCGAAACUGAUUGAAUACAAUGUGCGGUUUGGAGAUCCAGAAUGCCAGGUAUUGAUGGUUCGUUUAGAGUCUGAUUUGGCUCAAGUUCUCCUUGCGGCUUGCAAGGGAGAGCUAAGAGGUGUAUCCGUGGAGUGGUCCACGGACUCAGCCAUGGUUGUUGUCAUGGCCAGCAAGGGGUACCCUGGAAGCUACGAAAAGGGAACAGUGAUUCAAAACUUGGAAGAAGCGGAGCAAGUGGCACCAAGUGUGAAAGUAUUUCAUGCUGGGACGGCUCUCGACUCAGACGGGAACUUCAUCGCUACAGGCGGACGUGUUCUUGGGGUCACAGCCAAAGGAAAGGAUCUUGAAGAGGCAAGAGACAGAGCAUACCAAGCUGUGGAGCAAAUUAAAUGGCCUGGAGGGUUCUACCGGCGAGAUAUUGGUUGGAGAGCUCUCUCACAGAAACAGGCGACAAAGACUGAGAAGCAGCUGAAGGAACUUGAGGACAAAGUUCCCGGCCUCUUAAAAAAGAAGGUUGAGGUGAAACUUGGAGAACUGAAGGAUGCCAUCUCAGGAGGAUCAACCCAGUCAAUAAAGGAUGUUGAGUUUAGAGGCUCAAAAUAA